UGUCUAGCGUUCUCUGCAAUCACAGAAUUCUGUAGUUUCUUUCCUCUUCUGUGUCUAGCUACAUCAGCCAGCAAGCUACACAAAAAUGGCGUUCACAUUCGCGGCCUUUUGUUACAUGCUUGCGCUAUUGCUUACGGCCGCUCUUAUUUUCUUCGCCAUUUGGCAUAUAAUUGCAUUUGAUGAACUGAAGACUGAUUACAAGAAUCCCAUAGAUCAAUGUAACACAUUGAAUCCGCUGGUACUCCCGGAGUAUCUCAUCCAUGUGUUCUUCUGCGUGAUGUUCCUGUGUGCUGCUGAGUGGCUCACCCUCGGCCUCAACAUGCCACUGCUGGCCUACCACGUCUGGAGGUAUAUGAGCAGGCCGGUGAUGAGUGGUCCAGGCCUCUAUGAUCCAACAACAAUCAUGAACGCUGACAUCCUGGCCUUCUGUCAAAAGGAGGGCUGGUGCAAACUGGCCUUCUACCUCCUCUCCUUCUUCUACUAUCUCUAUGGGAUGAUCUACGUGUUGGUGAGCUCUUAGAGUGGUCAGAGGAAUGAUCUGCAUGUACGAGAUGAAACACUGUGGUUUUAGUGGAGAAGCUGAAACCGGGACCUGCAGGGAGACUGAUCAUUUACCACAGAGUGAUACAAGAUGUCCGCCGUUUCAACAGGAUGGACUAAACCCCCCCCCCUCCCAGCGCAGAGCAGAGCGGCCAUUACUAUACAAAAAAACAUUUCUCCCUUUAUUUUUAUCUUCAAUUUGGGUCACAGCUUUCCUCCCCUUCAUAGUUUUAGUCAGUCCACUGAAUGCUUUCUGAGAGGAAGACUAACGACAACAGACCUUUGGACUCUUUUCCAUUAUCAUGUGAUGCUUUAAAAUUGAUUUCAAAUAGUUUAUCAUGUUUGUUUUUGACCCCCCUCCCUACUUUUGACUGUUUACAACCCCCCCCCCCCCCCCCCCUUACUUUUGACUGUUUACAAAUUAGAAGAGAUUCUGUUAUGAUCAGCAUCGUCAGUUAUAUUCAGAGCUGUGUUGCUUAUUAUCUAAUAAAUACUGUAUUAAGGUAUUUUGGAUGUGAAUUAUAAUGCCAAGCUUGUGAAAAUUAUUUUGUGUUGGGGUUGUCAUAAUUACAUGGUUAUUCAAUUGUAGAAUAUUGAAAAUACUUUUCUUGCCCAGACACAUUUUAAAAACUAGAACUCGCCUAAAUAGGUGUGUAUAAAGGGUUGAAUGAGUCUUAUCUUGAUCACCUGAUGGAAAAUGUGUUGCACAUACAGGGACAAUCAGUAUGGUUAUCUUAAACUGUUUUAUACAUAUUUUUUAGGUUUACCAUGCUUUCUGAAGAAUUAUCUGACAUCUCAUUCUACUUUUGUAGCCCUGGUUAUACAUACUUGCUUUAAAGGGGUGUUUUUGUCUGUAGAUGCUAAUAGGCUAUUUGAUGUGACGCUACAGCAAUCCCAAGUAGACAUGUCUGAUCAUAAAAACGUUCCUACUGAGGCAUAUCUGUGUAACCAUUGAACUUGUUAUGUACUCAACCAAUUCCAAAAUGUACCUGUUUAGAUUUGGCUUCACGUUAUUGCAUUGGCUUAAUGUAUAUUUAAAUUUUGGCUACCAAAAAUAUCAAUUAUUUAUUCGAGAAUGUCACACCUAUUACAUUGUUGCUGGAGCAGUGACGUGUUCGCAGAUUUCAGGAUUUUUAAUCAGGUUGUCUUUAUUUGACUUUCUAAAAAGAUAAAGAAUAUUUAUCCCAA